UUUGAAAGCUCUGAAAGAAACAGGCAUUUUUCAACCUUUCUUCCCCGCGGUUGUUUCAGUUUCUCGCCACGAAUAAAUGAAGAAAAAUUCGGAAAGAAAAACUUCAAAGCCGGCUGCGUUUUACUUGAGACGAGCAAACGCACAAACAACCUGUUUUGGCGUCUCAAUACGAGUGCACAUGUGCGACGUCAACAUAAUUGUUUCAUCCAAUUAGCGUAACUGCGAGUGAUUAUGCCGCGUCGCACGUGCCGUGGAAAUGAAUAAAAGUACAUCGGCACGAUUGUGUUGACGCGCAGAGGCGUCGGUGUGUCUUCGCGACACGUACAAUCUGAUAAGAAAGUUGUUAAAACCGCGAUGAGUCGCGCGUCGUGUAUUAAAUAGCGCGCGACGAGCGUCGGAUCGAAAUUGACGAUCGAAACAAUAAAUAACCGUGAAUUGCGGGUGGAAAAUGCGUUUGCAUCGAGUCGCGUAUCUGAUUCUGGCGACAAUGGUGAUCACCUGCAAGAUCUCGUGGGCCAGCACGCAGUGCAAGGCGGUCGUGAUGGAUGUGCACAUGAAAAAGUGUAGAUUCGGCUCCAGAAUCAAGAGGGAUGUGGAGAGACUCGAUUUAUUAAAGCACGAUGAGAAAUUUCAGUGGAAAGGACUCGACUAUUUCUCGAGCGACGUCUCGAUGUCUCCUCACGGCGUUCCGCGGAAAAGACAGGUGUCGCGACGAAUCGGCGAUAUCACCCUGCCGAUCGUGGUGGAUGUUAUAAACGGCGCCUUCUCCGAGACGGGAUAUUACGAUCGCACUUCGAGCUCGGCAGGACGUUCCUCCGGUUGGUCGGAUUAUGGUCCUACGAUCUCGUCGCGUCCGCUCGUCACGCCUUUCUUCUCCACGGCCGUCAGCGACGAUCUCGGCCUCGACCUGAACUCCGAAGAGCUGGACGAGCUGUACGACAAUAUCUACGAGAGGCUACCGAGGACUUCGAAGGAGGAAGCUUGGAAGGUUUUCCUGGAGACAGCGUCCGAGUGCUGCCAAAACGUCGACAGGUGCUUGAAGGAAGCUGUACACGUACCUUGCUUAGCGCUUUAGGUCGUUCUUAGCCUUAGGAUGGCAUUCAUCAAAGACCGAUCAAGCUAAUCGGCGACUUCAAGUCGCUAUUCAUGGCGCCGUGAGUGAAAUAAAGAACGCACAUAUCGGUUUAAUUCGUAUAAAGGUUUAUUUUUCGUUCGCUAUCACUAACACCCAGAUGUGAGCGGCAAAUUUGUCAAGAUGUCCGGUAAGUAAAACUCGAGAAUUGUACAGUAAAGUGGGCGUCUCUCGUUACGUGCUGUGCGAUAAAACUGUUCUAUCUUCAACUAAGACCGAGUGUCCUCUGAAUCUCCUCGCUAAGGGCUACUUAUUCCGCAACUUGGACCUCAUCCAUUCCGUAAACUACGGCGGACCGUAAAGUACGCGUUCGUCGAUGUAUAUCAAUUGUAUAACUCGCUUAAGACCUAACGGGUGCAACGGGGUAAACUGCUGGCUUAUUUUUUUUUUCCUUUUAAUACUAAUGAGAUCAUCAGUCGGCAAUACAAACUAGGAUCACCGGCGGGUAUAUCCGAGCCGAGCUGUCUCCACGCAUCUGAAAGCGCGCUUAACGUCGGGAUCACUUGCUUCAGAAGUCUUUCUCUACGAGAUCACGAUCCGAUCGUCCGUCCGUCUGUCCGUCACAGCCACGGACCGCGACACCAGUCGCGACUCACGUCCAAAUGUGCGACCCGCUAAUUAACUUCCCCAUCGCGAAAUCCGAGGAAACUCAUCACUUUAAUGUUCUUUCGUUUCCGUCGAUGAAAUCAUCCUUUGGGGGAAGAGAAAGAAAGAGAGAAAGAGAGAGAGAGAGGCGUCGAAAGGUAACCGUAAGUCUCUCUCUCCUCGAGCUCUUCGGUGUCGCGUCCCACGAUCGAACGUUCGCCGUUGCCUCGAUCGGGGAUCCUUCCGGCGUGUCCUUCUCGAGAUCCGAA